AUGAGUAACGCGAAAGAGAAUCUACUUCUGUUCUUCGAACGGCCAACUGAGCCGUGCUUCAUGCAGAAGGGUAUAAAAAAGGCUAUCUUCGAUAUACCUGAAAACUUUUACCCGGAAAAGUACAAGCCCUUGAGCAAAACUCUGGCCAAUAGGUUCGGUAACGACGCCUCCCUCGUGAUCCCAGUGAAGCGCAUCACACUUCCUGAUCUCGAUCUACCUCUACAGCUCUCGUACACAGACCAGUUCUCUCUUUUCGUGCCCAAGCACCGGCAGAUGGCAAGCAGGUUGAUCGACAUCUUCAUGGGCAUGCGGGACAUCGAUGAGCUGCUGUCGAUAUGCUCCUACUGCCAGCUUCGGAUCAACCCCUACAUGUUCAAUUACUGUUUGUCUGUCGCUCUUCUGCACAGACCUGACACCAAAGGCUUGGACAUCCCCACAAUAACAGAGACGUUUCCCGACAAAUUCAUGGACCCUAAAAUAUUCCGCAGCGCCCGUGAGGUCAGCUCCGUAAUACAGACUGGUCCCAGAAUGCCGGUCGUUAUACCGCAAAACCUCACUGCGUCAGAUGCGGAGCCAGAACAGCGUGUCGCGUACUUCCGGGAAGACAUUGGCAUCAACCUGCACCAUUGGCAUUGGCACCUUGUGUACCCAUCCGAUUCGGCCAACCGCGCAAUUGUCGCCAAAGACCGUCGCGGGGAGCUGCUGUACUACAUGCACCAACAAAUCAUUGCCAGAUACGACAUCGAGCGAUUCUGCAACAAUUUGAACCGCGUAGUACCUUUCGGCCCCAACUUAAGAGAGCCCAUUGUCGAAGGGUACUUCCCUAAACUCAAUUCGCAAGUCGCUGGUCGCACUUGGCCUCCGAGGUUUGCCGGUUCAGUGCUGCAGGACUUGGAAAGACCCGUAGACCUAAUCAAGAGCGAAGUCUCUGAAAUGGAGCUGUGGAGAGAGCGAAUCCUUGAGGCCAUUGAGAGUAACUCCAUUCUUAUGCCAAACGGGAAUCGAGUUCCACUUGACGAGGAGACCGGCAUUGACGUCCUCGGUGACCUGAUGGAAUCAUCCAUCAUCAGCCCCAAUCGCAUGUACUACGGUGACUUACAUAAUAUGGGUCACAUCUUCAUGUCCUACGUUCACGACCCCGACCAUCGUUAUUUGGAGCGAUUUGGCGUUAUGGGCGAUCCUGCGACCACAAUGCGAGAUCCAUUAUUCUACCGUUGGCACAAAUUCGUUGAUGACGUUUUCGUCCUGUACAAGAACAAAUUGCCUCCUUAUGGAAAUGACAAGCUGGAAUUCCCCGGUAUACGCGUGUCUUCCAUCGCCGUGGAGGGCAAAGCGGGGAAGAACACUUUCGCGACACAGUGGGAACAGAGUACACUGGAACUGGGCCGAGGUCUGGACUUCAUGCCAAGUGGCAGCGUUUUAGCGCGCUUUACUCAUCUCCAGCAUGACGAAUUCGAUUACGUCAUCGAGGUGGACAACACAACUAGCAAGGGUGUUACGGGAACAGUGCGUAUAUUCAUGGCACCGAUAGCCGACGAAGCGGGGAAGCCGUUCGAAUUCAACGAACAGAGAAAACUCAUGAUCGAACUGGACAAGUUUUCGCAGGACUUGCAUGCUGGUAAGAACACCAUCCGCCGUCGUAGCGUUGACUCGUCCGUCACCAUUCCCUACGAGCGCACCUUCAUGGAUCAGAGCGCACGCCCUGGCGAAGCCGGUUCCUUGGCCGCCGCCGAGUUUGACUUCUGCGGUUGCGGCUGGCCCCACCACAUGCUACUGCCUAAAGGCACCAAAAGCGGGUACCCGAUGGUCCUCUUCGUAAUGGUGUCCAACUGGGCUGACGACGGCAUCAAACAAAACGUAGUCAGCUCGUGCAAGAACGCCGCGUCUUACUGUGGUCUGCGUGACCGCAAAUACCCGGACCGCCGUGCGAUGGGUUUCCCGUUCGACCGCCCGGUCAAGCCUGGUGUCAAAACAGUAACCGACUUCCUGACGCCCAAUAUGGCCGUCGCUAAUUGCAAAGUACGCUUCACAGACGCCGUCAGGUUGAGGGGUCAGAAA